AUGGCACCCAUCCAAGUCGCCGUCCUCGACGACUACAUGGCCACGGCCGAGCCCUACUUCAAGAAGCUGGACCCCGACAUCUUUGACGUCACCAUCUUCCAGGACACUAUCCUGCCGUACGGUCACCCGAAGACGACCCAGGAUGAGAAGGACAGGCUGGUCCGGCGGCUGGAGCCGUUCCAGAUCAUCUCAACGAUGCGAGAGCGGACUCCUUUUCCGGCCGCGCUCAUCGAGAGGCUGCCCAACCUGCAGCUGCUCCUGACGACGGGCACGCGCAACCUGUCUCUGGACCUGGAAGCCUUCCGGAAGCAGGCGAUCCCCGUGGGCGGCACCAUAGCGGCGGCGCGGCCUGCUGGCGGCCCCGACAGCACGGUGCAGCACUUUAUCGCCGUGCUGCUGGCAGCGGCGCGCAACGUGGCCGCUGACGACCUGUCCGUCAAGACGGGCGGCUGGCAGACAGGGCCGGCCGUCUUUGGUCUGUCCGGCAAGGUGUAUGCCACCGUUGGUCUCGGCCGUCUGGGCGCCGGCACGGCCAAGAUCUUGCAUCAGUCCUUUGGCAUGCGCGUCCUCGCCUGGAGCCCCAACCUGACGCAGGCCAAGGCCGAUGAGGCUGCCGUUCAGGCCGGCCUGCCGGCCGAGGCUGCCGACGGCUCCAAGACGUUCCUGGCCGUCAGCCGUGAGUGCCUCUUCCGCACAGCCGACGUGCUGGCCGUGCACGUCGUGCUGUCGGACCGCUCGCGCGGCCUCAUUGCGGCCAAGGACUUGGCGCUGCUGAAACAGGACAGCAUCUUUGUCAACACGUCGCGCGGGCCCAUCGUCGUCGAGGAGGACCUGCUGGACACGCUGCGCCGCGGCAGCAUCAACCGCGCCGCCCUGGACGUCUUUGACAUUGAACCGCUACCGGCCGACAGCCCUUGGCGCACCACGGCCUGGGGCAAGGACGGCCGGAGCCGGGUUACGCUGACGCCUCACACCGGUUACGGCGAGCGGGUCGCGCUGGAGAAAUGGUACGAGCUGCAGGUCGAGAACAUUGUCCGCUGGCACAAGGGCGAGCAGCUCGAGUCCAGGCUGGUCUAG